CCGAAGAAGCCACUGCGAGCCAAAUCUGCAACAAAGCCCCCUCACUUCCACACCAGCCGGAUCGGCAAAGAGAGCGCAAGUACGACAGCUAUCGACGAAGGAAAGAUGACGGGCGACGGAGGCGUAGUCGUACCGCGUAACGUGUUCGCCAAGCUGCCUUCGUACAAUCCCUUCGUGGGCACGUUUCAUCACGCGCCGAGCGCUGGCAACCGUGGCGCCGUCUACUUCUCGAGCGACAUCGUCGACAUGGCGGAGCUCGAGGAGCGUAAGAAGUUUCGCCACCACCCUCUUACGGGAAUUUUCCACUCGUUGCCGGGCUACUACGACCCGCUGCACAAGCUGGCGGCCUGCCGCCGCGUCAUGACGGCCGACGGCAUCUACUCCGACACGGAGUCAUUGCGAUCCUUUGUGGCUAUGGACAUUACGGACAACGAAGACUUCGCGUCGCUCCAGCAAGCCUCACAGAUGAAUCGCAUGUACAGUGACUCUAGAUGUAUCCCUAACGUAGACCUCCUAUCGCGUCCACGUCGCUUUAGCGACGGUGACGCUGACCCAUUCUUCAAUGGCAACAAGACCGGCUCACCCCACAAUAAGAAGGAUGGCAACGUCGAAUACCACGAUGAGUCGACGGACAGUGACGUGGACGAGGACCUCGCUGCGUUGGAGCAACAUGCACCGCGUUCUCUGCCGCUGAACAUCCUAUCGGUUACAGACAAGUAUGACGUUCCUCCACCGGUUGGAGCUUUACCACCACGGCGCACCCCCUACAAGAAGGCGAGGAAGUCGCCUGGAACAUCGUCCACGGAAAGCGAAAGUUUAUCUCCGGUGAAAUCGUUCAUUACUCCUAGCUAUGAGCGCGCAGAGCUGGGCAAGUCUGCUGGUUGCUCCGAGUUAACCGACGGUUUCAUCUCGACGGGUAAGGGCAUUUUCAGAAAGGUGGGGUUCCGUUUAUCAUUGCACGAGCGCCCGAAUGACAAGGACAAGAACAAGAUCAGGACACCUAUUAAACUAAAACUUCAACGCUCACUAAGCGAAGGAGACUCGGACGAAGAUAUCAACAACGAAUACACCCAGGCGGCACCGCGUAUCCCUGCGAAUCCGUUUGUAGCUAGACGCUUAAACGACGGGGAUGAACUUCGCAUCAUGGCGAUUCACCGCACUGGACGUCGCGACUCGCAGGCGCUUAAGAAUGACCACGAUGAAAGCGAUAGUGAGGACGAAUACAACCACCCGAAGCCGUAUUUCAUUCACGAGAAGGCUGUCACGGAGCAGUAUGAACUGGUUGGCGAAGACCAGCUGGGUGAUGGCUCGUACGCUGUCGUCAAGCCUGCCAUUCGUCGUGUCAAUGGAAAGGAAGUCGCGAUUAAGCAGAUUCACAAGCGUUUCCUGCGCGACGAGGCUGCCAAGAAUGCUGUGAGUCGCGAGAUUGAGAUCCAUCUUCGGUUGCGUCACAAGCACAUUGUACGUCUGUAUGAGGUUUACGAAACCCCAGACUUCCUGUACCUGGUCAUGGCUAAGGCUACGAAAGGCAACCUGAAGGCGUUGAUGCAGAGAAAGCGCAUGCUGCCCGAGGCACUUGCAGGAAAACUGUCGCAGCAAAUUGUCCGUGCUGUACUAUUCCUCCAUGAUAUGGGAGUACUGCACUGCGACUUGAAACCUGACAACAUUUUACUGAGCGAUGCCAAGACGGCGAGUCUUGAGAACGGCGAAAACUCCCCUGUCAUGCGCCGCAAUUCUCCUCCUAAGUCGACUCUGGAUCCUCAUGCUGACGUCAAGGUUAAUGACUACAACGUCGAGCUGUGCGACUUCGGACUGUCUGUGAAGGUGCCGGAUGUUCGCUUCUUCAAGCUGACAGGUGACGUCCACAAGGUCCCAUUUACCGGAGUUACGGGCACUUCGGGAUACAUUGCUCCCGAGUUACUACAACAGCAGUCGUACGGCAAGCCGGUGGAUAUGUGGUCGGUGGGUAUUAUUAUUUUCGAGAUGCUGACCGGAUAUCAGCCGUUCUACCCUCCGCACGCUUGCAUUGAAGAAGACGCAGACUUUUCAGAUCGUGUGUGGAAGACGAUCAGUGCUGAUGCCAAGGACUUGGUGCAACGUCUGCUGCAGCGCGACCCAACUAAGCGACUAACAGCCGCUGAGGCGCUCGCGCACACCUGGUUCGAGUCGGCCAUGUUUGCGAUUUAG